CUCCCCACUUCAAAUCCUCACUCUCUCUGCCGCUUUCUCUCCUUCCGAAAUCGACGAACGAUGCGAUCUCGAUUCCUUAACACCGACUACUUCUUCUCCGCUCAAUCCCAAUUCGAAACCCUAAAAAGCUUCAAUAUCCUCAGUCUCUCUCCUCCUCCUCCUCUCUCGCCUCCCGAUCCUCAGCUCGAGCUCGAUUUUCCCUUCUCCGAUCUCAAAUCCGACCUCAGUUCGGAGGUCGAUCGGUUCCCUUUCGCCUCCGCACUCUCCGAUUUCCUAGCAGAUGUCGUUCCUCAGUUCAUCCCCCAUGAGAUCGCGACGGAGGAGGAAAAUUUGGGGAAUAUCGGAUCUGGAGCUAGAGAGCAGAGACUGCUGGAGUCUCUUCAUGAAGAGGAGUUUAGAUCCUAUUCACCCGAAAUCAGAGUUCCAGAGGGGAACGAACGGAUGAAGAAACUCCAGUUUGAAAUAAUAGAGGAGUUUCCAUUGAUAAUACGCUUCGAAGUUCCUUGUGUUAAGAUACCUUCGGACACUGUUGAGAUUGAUAUGGGAGUGACUGUCACAUAUCCUUACGAGGUUGUAAAAUCAAUAUGUUCAGUGGAAGUUAUUCCUGAUUGCUUGGCUAUGGAUGAUGACAGUGCAGCACCUAAAAAAACACCAAAACGCACUGUCAUUGUGCCUGAAUUUGAAGUCAAUGAGAUAGGUUAUGGUCAUGAAAGAGCUCCAUCCAUUGAAGAGGCUUUCAGUGCUCUACUUCCUCAUAUAGAACCCCAGCAUGGUGUACAUAGUGAUGAAUUGGUAAUUAAUGUAAAGGAAUUUCUGGAAUCCAGUAAUAUCGAUAUUUUGGAUCAUUUUUCAAUGAAUGCUUCAUCUGAAACAUGCCUCAAGGAUGAACCUGUAUGCCUCAACUCUGUUUUAGAGAUGAACGUCAUAGACCUCAAUGGUAAUAUGGUUCUCGAGGAGAAUUCAACUAUCUAUCCUAUGGCAUUGGCUGGAGAUUGCUCUUAUAUGCCAUGCCCAGUUUUUUUUCAGGAAGUACAGAUCCUUGAUAUUUCUUCUGUUCAUAUGUUCGACCAGUUUAGUGGUUCACAAGCAACUGAGUUGCCUGAUAUCUCUGACGAAAUGUUCAAAUAUGACAUAGAUUCUGUUGGGAGCUUUUAUGAAGCGAUGGUCAGUUCUGAGCUAGCAUUGGUAGAUGAUACAUUCAAGUCAUUGCCAGUCCCUCUUUUUUCUGAUAAUAAAGAUAUGAAAUUGCACAGCAGAAUUUUUGAGAAUGUUUUACAUGUUCUAAAGCCACAUGCAUCCACUGCAACAGAUGACUUAUACUUAGACUGGCAUCCAGUGACUGAAGGGAUAUGCACUCGUGAGAUCUGUUCAACUUACAUAUGCAUGCUGUACGAGGUAAGUUUCUCUUCUAUGGACUCUGAGCUGCAGUCCAGUAAUGAAGAUGUGUUCUAUUUCAACUUAGACUUUAUAGAUGGUUCUCCAGAAAGGUUAAGAAUCUUCGAACGCAAGGAAAUAAUUACCGAGCUUCAUGGGAUUAUCCCUCAGGCUAAUGAUGCAUAUGUGAAAGCUGCUGACAGUCAGGUUCUAAAAGAUGGUGUUAGCAAUAACCUGAAUGUAAAGAAGUUGCCAACAGGAAAUUCAGAAAAGGUUGCUUCUUUAUUUGAGUCUAUGUCACAAUCAAAUGAUCUCGACUUUUUCUUGGGUGCACGAAGAGGAACUUUUAGGAAGAGCUGUAGUGGUGAACCACUGAAGGAAGGCAGCAGUAAAGUUACCCCUCCUACUGCUUCCUUGAAAGAACCAUCUCAACCAUCUUCUCUUCCUGAUGUACAUUUGGAGCAGUGGAAUAUCGAGGUUCAUCAUGUCAGCCUAUCAGAUCACACUUUAGGCCUUAUUGAUAAUAUCCAGAAGAGCUAUCUAGCCAUUUUGAACUAUGGAACAGAUUUAAGAAGCAAUACUCUUUUGGCACCAGAGGACGAUCUUAAAUUUAUAGGUUUAUCAAAGGAAAAGCUGCUGGAGCUUAUUACUGAGAAAAGUAGGAGGCAAUUCACUUCAGGCUGUACAGAUGAAACUUUCACAGGAUUACUUGCAUUGUAUGCAAUUAAGCAGUUGGCAUUUUUGCUGUGUUUGUUUGGCAUUCACACUGCUCACUUAUACAUAAGCAAUUUGACACAGUGCUCACUUAUACAUAAGCAAUUUGACAAGACAGACAGUUUGGCAAUAAAAUUGAGACCCUUGGAGUCCUUGAUUGAAGAUGCACGCCAGAAAUCUGACAGACAUCUAAUUGAAUCACAUUCAUCACUCUCUCUCAUUGAAGGCAUUCUAAAAUUCAACACAUCUCAAAAUAGUAAAAUACUCAUCAUAGCUGAAAGAUUGUUUUGGUUACCACUGAAUCAGAAGCUAACUAGUAUGAAGGUAAAGCUUCAUGAAGUAACCCAGGCCUAUAAAUUCACUAAUCAACUUGAUACAGCGGACUUCAUCAGAUUUACGAACCACAUACUGGAAGUUCUACUACACUCAGACUGCCUGCUGAUUUCUCAUGAGAAUGUCACGGAUUCAUUCCCCUUUGACAAGUUCAGCAUUAUCUUGGAAUAUGGAGGUUCAUAUAUAUCAUCUACAGUAUCCUCUAUCACUCCGAAGUUACAUGCUCCUCAAAUUCACUUCCUCAAAGUUCGUGUGGAAAAUAAUAAUAUGCACAAAGCAUUUUGGGAAGGUUUUGAUGUGCCCCAUCAUCUGGCUGUGGAAGGAGCCUCACAAUCUAUUCCAAGUCUGCAAGGGAUCUUGAACAAGGAACAGAUUGAAGAAUUACUAAGUUUUGUUCCUAUCGGGAAGAGUAGCUGCUUUUCUUCUGAAGCUGAAAAUCAUACAGAUGCCUCCCAUGAAACUAACUGUUCUAUGAGCACGUCACAUUCACUAAACUCGAAGAAAAUAAAUCCAAACGAACCUUCCUCGCCUGAUGUAGUCAUUGUUGUCAAUACUCAAAAUUUUGAGAAAAAAAUGCUGAUAUCUCGAAGAAGUUCGUACCAAAAGAUCCUGGCGCUAGAAAAAGAUGGUGUACAAGUUGUAGAACGAGAGAUUAAUCUUCCUUUGGACCUUAUCUUCAGUGCUGCUGUCUGUCUGGUUUGGUAUGAAACUAGAAACCUGGGGGACAACAUGACAUCAACACAAUCUAUACCCAUGUUCAUGGAGACAAUUGCAACCAACAUUCUGAUGUCGCUCAGUUUUUCUUUCAGUGGCUGCAUACUGAUCUUCGAGGGAGAAACCUGCUUUCUAUCAGCUGUAAUGGAAUCGUCUGAUGCACUUUAUGCUGCAGCAGCUACCCUUGAUUUGAACUUGCAGCUAUUUUGCUCAUAUACACCCGAGUCAACUGAAGAAAUAAUUCUGGGCUGCAUUGGGAAUGCCAGCAAGUUAGAUAGAGGCAUUUUUCCAACAAUGCCUGAAUCGGAAACUAUUGGUGAAUCAUUUCUUACAAAGUUUCCUUCUAUAAAUCCACUCUCAGCACAUGCGAUUAUUAACUCUGGAGGCAUGCUUAUAGAGUUUCUGGAAUGGUCACAAAAGCGCAGAAUUCAGGCUAUUGGGAAGUAUCAUGUACCUGGUGAAAGUAUGCAUCUUUUUGAUGCUCUGUGCAGAUAUGGUGAGAUGGGGGAGUCUAAAUCUGUAAUGACAGAGUGUUCCUCCAUAGAUUCAGAUAUUACUAGUGCAAAACUUCAAUCAGGGAGAAAAAGGCAGAAAAGUGUAGUGAGUUCCAACAACCUAUAUAUGCCUGUGGAUGACUUCGUUCAUGUUGAGCCACUAAAUCCAACAAAGGAAAGAAUGCAAGAGUUGCCGCGAGCAUCUCAGCCAUAUCAAUUGAGAGAUUUCUUCCAUCUACAGGAUUUGAAGAAAACUAAGAGCAACCAGUUAUUUGCAACCGAUGGAGUUUUACCCAAAAUGGGAGUAACGGAUACUUCAAGAAUAAAUAAUUCUGAUAUUGAUGGAACAGUUAGUUACAGGCAUGAAAAGGAAAAUUUCACUCCUGAGGUCAUUGAUCAUAGCUCCACAUACUUGGAUGGGCUUGGUGAAGUUUUUGCUAAAAAGCAAGCGUACAAUUCAAGGGUAAGUAAUCCUGAGAGUUAUAAUACUGUCGGUUGCGGGAAUCCCAAGGGAAAUUUUGGCAGUGAAUUCAUAGAUAACAACUCCAAUUUCCUGGAUGAGAAUUAUCCUUCAAUCCUGAGCAGUAUAACUUUAUUUGGGGAACCAGAACCAGCAAGCGAACCAGAAGUCUUGAGGAAUCUGCAUGACAGCAGGCUAGCAUUUAACCAUGUGCUACGCCGGACUUUCCCAACAUCUAAAGAGAUUGAGUCUGACAGAGAUAGUUGGAUUUCUGUAAAGGAUAGGGCUCAGAUAUUAGAUGGGAAAAAAACUAGGCACAAAUUUUCAUACUCUAGCAAAAACGACUCUCCUAUGAAACGCCAGCGGGAGUAUUCAAGAGAGAAUCCCAAAUGCAAAAGGAAUGCUCUUGGAUUAUUAAGUGAAGAAAAAUCACCACUUUUUGUUGGAAAACCACACUCAAAGGCAAUUCAGUCAUCGAGAAUGCAGCAUGGGUUGCAGCGAACUACAGAAUUUCUUCAAAGUGCCAAGGACAAGAGAGAAGUGUGUCAGCAAACACUUACUUGCAACACCUGUCUCACUUGUCCAGGAAGCUCUAGAAGUACUGGGAAAUCUUAUAAGAAACGGAGCCCAUCCAUAAUUGAGAGUUUUAAGUACAAAGGAAGUAGCCAAGCACCAGAAAGCAUCAGGAAAUGGAGAAAAGGGGGAAGAGUACAGGAUAAUUCUCUCUCUGAGGAAAAGAAAGAGACUGACUCCAUUAUUCCGCCAACAUGGACCCCAGUUGACAAGAGAGCAAGACAGAAUCUUUCGUUCAGAAGGUCUGGGAAUGAAAAACAAAGCAAGCUGGUCUGGAGAAACAGAUACAGCCCUGGCUCAAGUUUUAUUUUGAGAAAAAGAAGCAGAGAUGUAAUGAGUUGGAAGAAUGUGUGUGUACAUGCACGUGUCAAUACAUCUUUGAAGCAGAUAUGGGUGGCGUUUCAAGAUAAUAUUUUUGAGUACUUCCAAGUUUGACAAUUGUUUGGUAGGUCUUUAACUGUGUAAAAUAUUAAUAGAAAGAUUGUACUAAAACUAUCCUUCACUUGAAAGAAAAUACUGAUGUACAAAGAAAACAUUCCAUAAGAAUUUCUCUGGAUCUUCUUUCUUCCAUCCAUGUAUAGGAUUGCGGAUCUUCAGUGGUUGAUAGUUUUUCAAAAUUUUAUUGACUAUUAUCCCAUAUUAAAUUUUAAGAGUGCUUUCUGCUACCUCUUCUCCUACAUAUAUCACAUUUAUAUGUAAUCAUCUUUAUCCAAAUUGUCUUGAAAAUUACGCAUAAAUGACACAGGAGAACUGUUAAAACAAACUCACAGGUUAAAAUACUUUUAAGGAAAUAAACAAAAUUUUUCAGUCGCCAGUUGAUGCCCUUGCAAUUGUUUGAAUUAUUUAAUGAUGUUAGUACAUAGGAUCUAUAGUUAUCAGUUUUGUUGUUUAGCCACGUCAUUGUUAUUGCUCAUCAAGGCAUUCUUCAAUUUCAUUUUUGCCUUUAUAGUAUAGAUGUAACUAAUGCAGGCCAGUUAAGACACUAGCCCAAAUUGUUUUAAUGACGUUAGCAUAUUAUUUAAUUUACUGCAUAGCCCACCUCUUGCUUUGUGUUUAACGCUUUACAUCAAUGAAUUGUUCAA